AUGCACAGUAAUCAUAUUUACAUGCACUUUGCAGAAAUAGAAAAGCUCCAAGCGAACGAGUCUAGACAAUUCAAUAUUACUUUUAAUGGAGAGCCCUUUUAUGGGCCCUCUUCUCCUGGAUACAUGUCCGCCACUACUAUUUAUAGCCGAGAGGCUUGGAGUCCAACAGGACAAUAUAUAAAUUUUUCCAUCUUCAAGGAUGAGAACUCUACCCUUCCACCUAUCCUCAAUGCUUAUGAAAUAUAUAUGGUCAAGCCAGCUCCCCAAUCAGCGACAAACCAUGACGACAUUGACGCGAUCACAAACAUCCAGUCAACUUAUAAAAUUACAAGAAUCUGGCAAGGAGAUCCAUGUGCCCCCCAAAACUACUCUUGGGAAGGCUUGAAGUGUAGCUAUCCUGAAGACUUCCCAAGAACAAUAUCCUUGGACUUGUCCUCAAGUGGAAUAACAGGGGAGAUAUCACUUUCUAUAUCCAAUCUCACAAUGAUAAAGACUUUAGAAUUAUCAAACAACAACUUGAGAGGAUCAAUUCCAGAGUUUUUGUCUCAGUUACCAGAAUUAGAAGUUUUAAAUUUGGAGAAGAACAACUUCACUGGUUUAGUUCCAUCAAGACUCAUUGAGAGAAGGAACAGCGGCUCACUACUGUUAAGUUUGUGUGAAAAUCCAUAUCUAUCCAUACAAGUUUCUUGCAAGAAGCAGAAGAAGAAGCACAAUGUUGUCCUAGUCGUGGUGCCAAUUCUUGUAAUUUUCAUCCUUUUAUUGACUAUAGGAGCUGUCCUAUUGGGCCUUAAAGUGAAAAGAAAACCUGAGAUCCAAAAUUCUAUUCAGAGCUGGUCAUUGGAGUCAGAGGAUCGACGCUUUACAUACUCAGAGCUUUUGAAGAUUACUAAUAAUUUUGCAUCAAUCAUCGGAAGAGGCGGAUUCGGAAGAGUCUACCAUCGGAAGAGGCGUCUCCAGCGGUGCAUUGUGCCUCCAGUGCCUUGCCCACCACACUGA